GGGGAAAAUAUUCACGCGGUUCAGACACCUCAGUUGCCAAUUUCGCUCCUGGCUUUGUCUCGCCAUUUCGACCUGCCUGCCUCACGUCGUAUCCCACCGGGCUUCGUAUCCGCCUGCGCCGCCGCCGCCGCCAUGUGGAGGGGCGGCGCGACCGCCGCCUCAGCCGCGAGGGCUCUCCGCUCGCGCCUCCUCCCCGACCCCAUCCACCACCCGGCCACGUCUCUUGCUCCCAUCGCUUCGGCGCGCGCCGCCUCCUCCGCCCCCUCCGCCGCCGCGGCGAAUACCGUCGUGGAAGAAGCGGCGGCGGCUGUAUCUGUUUCGCAGCAGGCCGGAUCUGUCUCCGACGCGCUGCGGCACUACGGGAGGUGCUACUGGGAGCUCUCCAAAGCCCGUCUCAGUGCUCUUGUUGUGGCAACUUCGGGGGCUGGCUAUGUGCUCGGGAGUGGCAACAUUGUGGACAAUGCCGGACUUUGUUGCACAUGCAUUGGUACAAUGAUGGUUGCAGCAUCUGCAAAUACCCUCAACCAGGUGUUUGAGAUAAAAAAUGAUGCUAAAAUGAAAAGGACAAUGCGGCGGCCCCUGCCAUCAGGGCGCAUUAGUCCUGCACAUGCUGCCAUGUGGGCUACGAGUGUUGGAGCUGCAGGAACAGCUUUGUUGGCCUGGAAGACUAAUGGCAUGGCGGCUGGGCUUGCAGCUUCUAACCUUGUUCUGUAUGCAUUUGUAUAUACUCCAUUGAAGCAAAUACACCCUAUUAAUACAUGGGUGGGAGCAGUUGUUGGUGCCAUUCCACCACUUCUAGGAUGGGCGGCAGCUUCAACUGAAUUGUCACUAAAUGCUAUGAUUCUCCCUGCCGCAUUGUACUAUUGGCAAAUUCCCCAUUUUAUGGCCCUCGCUUACUUAUGUCGCAAUGAUUACCUUGCUGGAGGGUACCGUAUGUUUUCCUUUGCUGAUCCUACUGGUAAAAGAACUGCAUGGGUAUCACUCAGAAAUUGUCUGUACAUGUUGCCUUUGGGGUUAUUUGCAUACAACUGGGGACUCACAUCCGAGUGGUUCAGUCUUGAAGCAUCACUGCUAACAUUGGGCCUUACCAUUGGAGCCCUAUCAUUUGUGCUGGAACCAAGUCCGAAAACUGCUAGGAGAAUGUUCUAUGGUAGCCUCUUGUAUCUUCCUGCUUUCAUGGGUGGACUUCUGUUACAUCGGCUGCCUAACUCAGAAAAGGCGCACAACUUUGCUCAGAAAAGUGAGCUCGAUGGAGUUCUUUACGGUGCCGAUCUGCAGGACGAAGAAAGAGUGAGACAGAAACGUGAAGACAGAAAACUUUCUCGUGUGCAAUCACGUCCUCCAGUUGCCUAUGCUUCUGUGGCUCCAUUCCCUUUCUUACCAGUACCCAUAUACGUCCCCUCACAAGCUCAUGAGUUAUGACUUACGAAAGCCUUCUCUGGUUCAUCCUGCAGUGGGCCUGUGGGAUAAAUGUGUUCAUGCUUUUUUGGCUUCUUACAUGAAUUUUCUGCCUGCAAGGGAUUCCGUGGUCUUUCUGUUGUUGAAAUUAUAGAAUAAUGAACAAAGAGAUUGAGCUUUUUUGCGGCUCAUUUCAAUGUAAAAAGUGCUGUUAAUCCUCUUUCUGAUGCCUCGAGUAACACAGAGUACGCUAAUGUUCAGAAACAUUGUGCACUUUUGUUUUCA